AUGUCCCUCCACGCCACCCCAGCCUACUCAUCCCGCAUAACAAAACCAAGACGAAAAUCCGGACUCGCAGCCCUAGGACUGAAACGCAAGACAUCCUCGCCUUCGGCCGAAACCCCAAGACAACUCUCCUUACCAUCUGAACCCUCAACCUACAACGACGCCCAACCCCACUCCCUACUGACAGACGCCAACCUGUGCGAUAUUCCCCAAACCAUAACUUCCAUUCACACCCACACAUUCUCACCCCUCCCCACAUCCCCUUCCCUCUCCUCAACCCUCACAUCCCGUAUCCUCAACCACCGCCGUCUCCUCCCACCCUUUAUAUCACUCGCACACUUACACGCCGUAUCCGCCUCUGCAACCAGCGCAGACCGCGAGAUAUCUGCGCUGGCAAAUUCCGGCGUACUGCGACGUAUCGUGGUGCCAGAUCGCGGUGUGUCAGUGAAAGAAGGCGUAGUGCUAGUAGAAGAGUGGAAAAGACGUGUAGUCGAGAAUAGCGAUAUACCCGAAUUCCUAAAAGAAAAAUACAUCACCUCCCUCACUUCAUCCCCAACCUCAACCCCAGACUUCACCCCAAGAGACCGCAAAAUACUCCUCUCAACAGGCUUCCUGGUAUGCAACGCCACCGCCCAAUCUACUCCUUACACGCUAUCCCUCCCAAACAUGGGACUAUACAUCAAACUGGUAUCCGACGCGCAAACCCACCUGCUCAAGCUGCUCAGACAAAACGCACACGGUACGAUGCCGCUGUGCGAUGUAGCCGAGCGCUGGAACGGCGGCGUGGUGGAUGAGGGCCAUGUACGGGCUGAGCGCAACAAGGUGCGAGGGGAGUUUCAGGGCGUGUUGCCGGGGCGCACGAAGAGGUGGAAGCAGUUUUAUGGGAUGAGGGUCGAGUGGGUGGUGGAAGAGUGUGUUGGGGCGGGGUUGGUGGAGGUGUUUGAGACGGGGAGUGUGGGGAAGGGGGUCAGGGUUGUGGGAUAG